AUGGAACAACGACCAAACGAAGAGCACUCAAGCUUUGGAAAUUCACCUGUAUUUAAUAUUGGAAGUAAUUCGUUUGUGAUGAGUGGUGUACAAGCCUAUUCGAAACAUCAUCAUUGGGUAAUCAAACCAGAUGACGUUUGGAUUGCAAUUUGCUCUCAAUUUUCGAAUUAUGUAAACGAAAGAUCAGAAAAGUUGAGAAGUAAAUUCGUUGAUUUUGAUGGAAAGAAGGAAUUAGUCGUGAAAGGUAUUGGAACUUUAUAUACUGCCAAUUAUGAAGAUCUUUCUAUUCGAAUGACAAGUGAAAUUGCCAAAAAUAUUAAGGAUCCAAGUGUAAGAGAAUGGGUCAUGCCAGAUUUCACAACAACUACUCAAUCAGAUCGAAUGGUUGGUGCAGUUGUCUUGAUGGCAGCUAUGAAAAAGUAUUUUGAUUACAAAUUUGAAUUGGAAUGCAAUUUACCAAGUGUUACUUUAUUAGGACAAGUUGAAGAUUGGAUUAAAAUUAGAGAAAGAGCUAAUCGAUUGCUUGAAUUUGAUACUGAGGAAGAAUGUAUGAAGAAAUGGUCUCAAUAUUUAUUCCCAGUUUUGGAUAAAUUUGUGGAAUCCAUUAAGGGAAAUCCAGAUAAGGAAUGGUGGAAUAGAGUAGCUAACUUUUUAGGAGGAGGUUCAGGACCUUCUUUUAUCAGUGGUUGGAUUACAACUUUUUGUGUAUUUUCAGAAACUGGCAAAUGGUUGGGUGAUCAAAAAACAGAAGGUGAGGUUUGGUAUGAGGAUGAGGAUGACAACGAACCAAAGGAAAAAGUAAGAGAAAGGGAAUGGCCUGUCAUUGAUGAUGAAGAAAUACCAAGAGGAUAUGUCAGUGUUCCAAUUACUGUGGAUGAUAAUGGAACAGUUUACAAAACUGAAAUGUUUGCAGGACAUAUUGUUGCCUCAGUAUUGAACCAAAAUUCAAUUCAACCACGAGUUGACUGGGCACUUUUCUUAAAGAAGGAAGAUUAUGAUAAGGAAUAUCAAUGUGCAAAUGAUGAGGAUGAUGAGGAUAACAUGGACGAAAGCAUGGACUAGUAAAUUAUUACAAAAAGUUAACACUGACUGUAAACCUGCAUUGUAAUCAAUUAAAUACACAUCUGGAAUUUUGUAUUU